UGGUGGUAUGCCACCGAUGAUGCCUCAAAGAACUGGAGGUAUGCAACCUAUGAUGCCUCAGCAGACUGGAAAUCUUAUGGCUCAACCAACUGGAGUUCCUGGACAAUGGGGAUUUAUCAAUACACCAUUAAGUAAUCUUCCAGGUAUUGAAGCGUUGGGAGAACAGAUGAUGCCAAAUGCAUCUGACGGUAGCUUAACUCGCAAUUUUACAGGAAAAAAAGAAAUUCCUUGGGCUAUAAGCAAAGAAGAGAAGCGCAUAUAUGAUCAAAUCUUUGAUGCUUGGGAUAAAGAAAAGAAAGGGACCCUUGGAGGAAAUGCCGUAUUGGAAAUCUUUGGUCAAAGUAAAUUAUCUCGUUCCGAGCUUGAGCAUCUUUGGAAUCUCUGUGAUCAUGGUGAUAAAGGCUGUUUAGACCGUGACGAAUUUUCAGUUGCUCUCCACCUUAUUUAUAGAAAACUUAAUGGCAACGUGAUCCCAUCACAACUUCCUCCUGAAUUAAUCCCGCCUUCAACCAGAAAUAUUGAAGCUUCUUUGAAUCAAGUGAAGAAUCUUAUUAAAAAUGAUACUUCAUCACGCAAGGCAUUUAGUAACGAAAAUGUAAGCAGAUUGAAGAAAAAUUCAUUUUAUGAUAAUGCGAGUACCUUAAGCGAAAAGGAUGCUACGCUUUAUAGAUUCAACGAUUCCAAUGUGCCGGCUUAUGUGUCUAAUUCCAGAAGGAGAGCUUAUUCUAAAGACAGGCCUGAGGCUUUACCGCCCACAGCUGGUUCUCUUAACGAGAUCAACGAUGAAACUGAACUUUUGAAAAAGAAUAUUCGUGAGAAAGAAAUAUUAUAUAAUGCUUUGGAGGAUAAAAAAGCAGCCCAUUCAGAUGUUUCUGACAACGCUUCUCUAAUUGAUCGCAUUAAGUCUAUUCACAGUGAGAUUAAUAAAACGCUGGCCGAUCAAAGAUCUCCGGAAGCGGAUGUUUUUAUUUCACGCCUUGACGCAUUAAAUUUGAAGGUUACUCAACUUGUUUCUGAGAUCACUACUGCUGAUGACAGAUUAGAUGAACUUUCCUCAAGCAUUCAAAAAUCUAGUGGAAUUAUUGAUUUUGAAAACGUUUCUGCAAAGAUAAGUCAGAUUGAGCAGCAAAGAAAUGCGUCAAAGGAUUCAUUAAAGCAACUUAAAGCAUCUAUCGAUGACAUCGAGUUAGAAGCCCGUAAGCAAUUGAUACCGUCGAGCAAAAUGGAUGAUGAAUGGAUGAAUAAAAAUAUGGUUGAUGAUUCUGUUAAGAAGGUUAUGAAGGAUCUUCCACCAGCUGUUCAACCGCAAGAACCUGUUGCUCAACCUAAGACGGGGGCUGCGCAUCCUGAAGUUGCUGCUUCCACCGCCAUUGAGUCCAAACCAGUAGCUGAAAAAGAAAGCUUUACUAACGUUCCCGAUGUAGAAGAUAGAGCAGCAAGGAUAAAGUCCGAGGCCCAGCGACGUAUGAAUGAGCGUUUAGCUGCCUUAGGUAUAAAACCUCGUCAACCGAGAAGUGCCAGUGGUAAUACCACGGCUCCUCCUCUUUCAGCAAGUCCUUCGAUGAUUACUGUUACAAACGAGGCCCCUCAACUUGAAAAACAGUUUUCUAAUCUUUCGGUCAACGGCAAAAAAGAAUCACCAGUUCCUUCUUUUAAUACUCCUUCAUUGGACCAAGAAAAACCGAAAGAUAUAAGUGGAAAUCAGACUACCGAGAAUCCUGUAGAACGUAAACAGGCUCAGGAAUCAGACCCCAAAGUCGAUGAAGUAAGGAAGGAUUCUGUUUCUUCAAUGUCGUCGGGGUCCAAUGUUUCGUCUGUGAAAGAGGCCACAUCAGCUUCCCCUCAAAGAGUACCUUCAAGAGAUGCUAAGCCUGAAUCAUCGCUUGCUCCUAGUGCUUCUUCUACUCAAUCUGCCACACAGUCACCUGCACUUCCUCCAAGUCCUUCGGCUAUUGCUAAUAAUACAUUGAAUAUCUCACAGCCUUCCGCAGCAACACCGCAACCUCCUCCUGCACCUCCAAGUCCUCCACCUACGCCUGCUGGUACAUCGAGUAUCUCCCAGCCUUCCGCAACAACGCAGCAUUCUCCAUCUCCUCCUGUAACCAAUCCUCCUCCUCCUCCUCCUGCGCCUGCUGUUCAUGCCCCAUCUUUGACACCUCAUAUUCAGAAACAAGCAAAUAGUUCCGCUAUGGGGUCUACCUUACAGCCCCAAGUAACUUCUAGAGCUCCUUCCUCAGGUACUGAAACGGCUCUUCCUCCAGUUCCUCCCCCUUCAGCACCUCCUUCAGCACCUCCUACUACGACUGGAUUUAAUCCUUUUUCGAAAGUUCCACCUGCUCCACACACGAGCGGAUACGACUCGGACAAUUGGAGCCAGCAUGAAGAAGAAGAGGAUAGUGAGGAUGAUGCGCGAUCUAGUAAGGAUGCAGCAGCUUUAGCUGCGAAGUUAUUUGGCGGUAUGGCUCCCGUUCGACCACUUUCUGCCUCUCCUGGCAAACCGCAAUCUUCCAGUACAACACCAUCUUCAGUUCCUCCAGCACCACCUGUUUCGGCAUCUCCAAUGCCUCCAGCUCCGCCUGUCGCUGCCCCGCCAGCAGCCCCAGCACCUCCAAUGCCUCCGUCACCACCUGUUACUGCACCACCAGCAGCCCCAGCACCUCCAAUGCCUCCGGCACCACCUGUCGCUGCACCACCGGCAGCCCCAGCACCGCCGGCUGCUCCGGCACCCAUCGUAGCUAAUCCAGACGAUAGAGGUGCUUUGUUGAAUCAAAUUCAUACAGGUAAAAAGUUACGGAAAGCGGUAACUAAUGACAAAAGUAAGCCUCUUGGAGGUCGUGUGUUAGAUGGAUCUAGUAAUGGAGAUAAUUCAGCUUGGUAUGGCAAUUUGUCCUAACGCCUAUAUCCUGUUGUUUGACGAUCAUACUUUGAAGCCUUUUUAGACGAUCUUUACGAAUUUUGACUUUGUUUACCCUUUUAUUUUAUGUUUUGCUUUCGUCAUCAGUUGAUUUAGUAAAUCAAGCUUAUUUAACAUCACUAUCCGAAUUGUCCAUUGAUAUAGUGAAUAUUCAAAAGAAUUACAACAUUACAAUAGAUGACAGACUAACUUUGAUUAUACAGCAAGAAAUGCAAUCUCAUUUUUAAAACUAUCACUAAAUAAAUUCACCCAAACUUAG